UACAAUAUUCUCGUAAUUAGUAUCAUUAUAUAUCGCUCAUUAUUAUGUACACUUUAAUCAUGUACGCUCUAAUCUUAAUCUCUGUAUUGGCGAGCCACUGCACCGCGUUCCAAUUCCAAAGCAAAAUGUACAUCACGUUAGACCAAACAUCACCCUGCGUCUUACGUAUGAACAGUACCCACACCUUCGGCUGUACUUCGCCUCGUCAAGGUAAUACCGGCGUCCUCCACGUAGUUAACAACCCUACCGAUUUACAAUGGGUCCUGAACUCUUCUCCAAUGGAUUCGUACAUCGUCGUCAUCAAUAUCGACAUGUUCACUCGCGAAUAUCUCCAGAAAAUGAACUCUACUUCCAAAGUAACCGGUAUCUUACUAGCUCAAAAUCAGCCACGACCCGAAAUCAAACCCACAUCGCCCGAAGAUACUUGCCCUAAUCGAUAUUCAGCCCUAGCUCGACGUGAAACCACAUGCGAAAAGCCCUGGAAUCCUAUCGGUACCGGUAUACUUCAAGAAAGAUGGAAUAUACCGAUAUUUUUCACCAAAGAUAACGAUACCAUAACCCAAUUACACGAUUGUUUCCAUCGUAACGCUCCGUACGACGAAUCGCAAACAUCCAGAUCGUUGUGUGCUUUGCAACUAUCUUCCCAUAUGUACGGUGCAGUCGAUUCUAGAACAUGUUUACGUCGUAACGCUGGCACUUUUAAUAUAAAUCCGAUUAAGUACUGCGAUGAAAUGGGUAGCGAAAACAUCUACUUACCCAUCAUACCUUUGGCUAAAUUCAAACCUGCUCGUAAAUCGUACGUAGUCGUCGCUGCUCGAUUAGACGCCGCUUCCUUCUUCUACCAGAACAAUCCAGCUUCGUUAUCAGUAGCCACAUCGUUGACGACACUCGUACUCACAGCUAAACUACUCUACGAUAUGACCAAAGGUGAAGAUUUCAGUAAAUACGAUCAAAACGUCGUAUUCAUAUUGUUCAACGGUGAAGCUUACGACUACAUAGGAUCCAGUAGAGUCGUCUACGAUCUACAAAAGAAACUGUAUCCGAACUCGGAGCAUCCCAUUUCGAUGGAUGAAAUCGAUCUCUACAUCGAACUAUCCCAAUUAUACAACACCUCCACGUUAUAUAACCAUAAUCGAGCUAAUGCUAAUGUUUCCUCUUUCAUCUCCAAGUUCCAACAAAGACUGAUAAAUGCCACUUUGACCCCAAGCACGAGAUCAACUCUACCACCAUCUUCCAUGCAGAACUUCCUGCUAGCCAAGAGCGACUUCCCCGGUGUAAUAUUGAGCUCUUACGACGAUCACUUCUCCAAUAAUUACUAUCACGGUUUAUUCGACGACGAUUACAAUAUCAACUACAAAUACGCUGGCAAAAACGAGACUGCUCCUGAAGACAGUAUCCAAUCAUUCGUAGCCAACUUCGCUACCUCGUUAGCUGCCACCUUAUACGAACAGAUCUCUAAAUCUACUCCAAACGCUUCAGCCACCGUAACCAAUCAAGAAGCCGAUGAAUUACUUCACUGCUACGUCGAUACACUCUCCUGCGACCUGGUAAAAGAAACGGGCAUAAACAGCUUCCUCCCCGAAGACGUAAUUUCAACCAAAGCCAAAGGAAUCGACUACUACGUCGGUGUGAUCACCGGUCAAACUCAAUGGAUCGUCUUAACAACCAAACUAUUCCUUAUAUAUUUCUCCGGCUACAAAACCAACUCGACUAACUUCGAAGAGUGCGCUAAUCAGAACACCUUUUGGAUACCGAGCAAGAACAUAUGCUUGAAAUCCGAGCUCAACAUAACCGAUGCGAUCAGUCCAGCUUUCGUGAUCAAAGAUUACAACAUGACUUCGGGAGAAUACGCCACAUGGACCGAAUCAAUUUGGACUGUGGUCAAAGUACGAAUGUUCAUGCAACCUUCUCGAGGCUACGAGUGGUUGGUUUUUGUCGCAGGUGUGCUGAUAUUUUGUGGCUCGUUCGCCUUCACGUAUUCGGUCAAAAAGAACGCCAAAGAGUUAUUCGAUUAUCCUAACUUGAUCACUGCUUCGAACAUAUAGGGACAAAGGGCCGCAAAUCGAAUAUCCGAAGUGAUUCACCAUCCGGCCGAAGUAUUGCCUCUUUUAACCAUCGAAGAAGAAGAUUGAAAUUUGCUAAUUCCAGAGCGAUCUUUUUCUUCUCUCAGAGCAUUGAUUAUUUUUUUCGUUUCCAUUUCACUUCUCGUCGACUUAGGAAUCUGUGAAGUGUAAUGUGAUGAUUGAUGAAUCAACAGGGGCUCAUUUUUGCUCAAUAAUUUACCUACUAAACUUUUGCUAACAUUCGUUUCUAUUUUACAAAGAUGGUAAUUUUUUUUUCACAUCGCCACGUAGUGUACUAGGUAAUUGAUUAAUCACUCUCACUCGUUAAUAUUUGGUUUGCGACCAUUUUGAAUUUUUUUUCAAACGUCUCUCUUUUUUCUUACUUUCUUGUAAUUUUUUAAAAUAAUUAUUGAAACUAAACGCGUUGUAAACUGUGAUGUUAUAUUAUGAGUAUAUGUAUUUUAUGUAAUCAACAACUUUCGUUAGCCCCUCUCUUCUCCCUUCCCCUUCGCGUUCGUAUGUAUUUAACAAUUUGUGUAGAUUUUUAAACGAUUUUUUUUAUAGUUGUAUUUUAUUACUGUUUGAAAACGCAGAUAUUUACUAAAUGCGGGGAUUAAUCGUAUCGUUUUGUGUUUAUUAAUAU